AUGUCAACAUCAUCUCAACAAAAUAAUCAAAUGAAGAUUUGUGUUCUCAAGUCUAAUUUGGAAGAAAUAGGAAAUGAGUUGAUUAUACAAAAUUCGACAAUACCAGCGCUGGACGACGAAAAUGAGUGUAAAUAUCGUGAAACUAUGGGGGUUGUUCAAGUGUUACGUGCUAUUACCACUGAGAUUGAGAUUCAAAAUGAAGAAAGUUCGAAAUUAACUGCGAAACGAAGACAACUUCAGCUAAACUGCGAAGAGAUGACCAAGUCAAUCAAUAAAGAGCUCGAAAUAAGGAACAAAAACGAAAAUCAGUUGCAGCAAGUCGAGAACGAAAUAGAGGAGAAAAUUCGUUCGUACGAAGCAUUGUUACGUGAAAAGGCAGAUCGUUUUCGGAAAAUGCACAACGUUUAUGAUGAAAUAGAAAUGAAAAAACAGUUAGAAACGGUUAAUGAGGAUUUAAUAAAAAUUACUACAGAAGAAGGAAAGCAGCAGAAUGUAGUUAAAGAUUUAGAAAAAGAAUUGGCGGCAAUAGUACCCGACUUGCCUGAUAAUAUUCUGUCUAUAUUGCGUAAAACAGAAUUGGAAAAUAAAUUGAAAACACUGACUGAUAAAUGUAAUGAAAAACGUGAUACAUUUGAACGACUUCAGAAGAAACAGAAAUAUGGCUUCGAAUUUAAUAUAUAUUAA